AUGGCUGCCCUUCAAGCUGGACAGACUGGCACUCAGGUGCGCUUAGCUCCAGACCAGCGUGAUGCGAAAGCCAGACAGCAGGUGAAAUGGCAGAUGGCCCCGUUUCACCGGUGUGCCACCGAGUUGCGAGCAAAUGUUCGAGAGAAACCAAUCGCCGGAAAGCAGCCGGACUGGUGGUUGGAUGGCAGGUCCAAAGAAGCGGCAAAAAACAGACAUCAGGAGAUCAAGAAGGAGUCGCAAAACAUGUUGCAAAAAUUCAAGAGGGAUAAGAGCCUACCGAUCCUUCGCAGAGUGGAAGGAGGAUCACAGGAUCCAUCCUGGGGAGGGCCUGCGAGAACUGGUGAGGAGCUUUUGUGCAACAGCAUUCCGUUUGGUCCGUUUCGCUCCAGCUACACAAAGGCCGGCCGGUCACUGCAGGACCUAGACGACAAGGAGUCAGGGCCAAUAAUGAUGUCCAUCCAUCAGUACUACGCCAAUGCAGGUGAGACAGUGACCAGCAGAGAGGGUAUCUUGUGCCCUCCUCACAGCCGAUACAAGCAAUUCAAGAGCUGCUCGCAUCACUACAAGCUUUUGACCCGGCAGCCAGGUGGACUUUGA